AAGAACGGGCGAGCGACGACGACGGCGACGCUCUGCCCUAUCGGUUGUCGCGAGGAGAGCAGCUGGUCGCCACGCUGCGCGACACUUGCACCUCUCCGGCUCCAAAGCGGGACCCGCAUGCCGCACCGAUCCCGAUCCGACGUCGCUUACCCCGAGGGGACUGCGAAACCUACGUCGCGCUCGACAAACACCGUCUAUUCAAAGCUUUGUUACACCUACCUACGUAUCGCCCACGAACUUUAGAACGAUCGACAGAACUUGGACUAAUGAAACGCAUAGAUUUCGAUCGAACGAGUUAGACCUCUUAGCUGCUUGCGAGUGUGCGUGAAUCGCGAUUGCUUCGCGACACGUCGCGACUGUCGCGACUCGAGGCGCUCUCGAUGCUCGCCGUAUCGUGGCGAGACGCGAUGAGAAUCUACGUUCUCCGAACGAAGCCGCCCGGUUUGACCGGAUACACCCGGUACCCUCUGCCCCGUCGUGAAUUUCUUUGUUGUUACAUCCACGCCAGAAAUCUCCCUUCCCCAUUCUUUCAUGCUUCUCGUUAUCUCUCGUCAGCCCUCGAUAACGUUUUCCGCCUAUUUGCUCCUCGGGCACCGUCCGCGGCCUGAACAAAUUUUCGUCGCUCGAAUUAGGUUGGUUAUCGCUGACGCAAUAUCGCGACGCUUCUUCCUUCCCAUCUCUGUCUAUGUAUGUAUGUAUGUAUUUCCGAUACGUCCCCGAUAGCUAUCCCGGUACAAACAAAGUUGCAAAAAGCUGAGCCGACGGAUUUUCGAUUGGCGAUCGAUAGACCUUGGCGCAGGAUAUAUCGGCGCGACGGCUCCUCCCGUCACGCGUCACGCCACCGCCACAAAGAACGCCGUUUGCCACGCGGAGCGGAGUUUCGCCGACAAACGCGAACGCGGCCAAUCGGCUCUGUGUGAGCGCGUGUACGUGCACGGGACGCAGACCAGCGUAUCGACGAACGAACGUAACCGUCAUCGGUCAUGGCGCAGCGCGCAAUGACUAAGCGGCGCAAAAAAUCCCGCGUAUUACGGAGCGAGGCAGGGGACCCGCGAUCAUCUAUAGGGGAGAAGUCCAACGAGGUGUUCGAAACUGAUGGGGAAAACCGUGCUCGCCCAUAAUACCGCGUCCGGCCACGUCUCCUUCUUUUCCCCUCCGCGAGUCUCUCUCGCGUUUCGUAACGCGUCCCCAAACGCGUGAAACAUCGGAUAAACGUCAGCACGUCGAUUAGAUCGACAUUGUUUCCGUUACAAGGACAUCGGAAAUUUUAACGGUGUUCAUCCGAAUGGACACUUCGAAUGCUUGAUUCUGCAUAAAAAUCGGCGCGGUCUAAUUAUAAGCUUGCGGAGAUGUCGAAACCGUUUCUUCGAAUCGAAUCUGUCGCAAUCUCGCGGGUCGCGAGUCGGAUUAGGCAGCAUACAUUCGCGUGGAAGAAUUCAGUGGCGGUGGAUCGCGUGCUCGCGGCGGCUGUGUGCGUACACACGGCCACUAUUAAUCUCGCCCGGUGAUACGUCAUUCCGAAGCACCGCCUAACCGACUCUUAUCGAAUUCGAGCCACCCAGUGCUCAUUAUACAUUCGAGAGGCCGGUUGGAACGCAUCGGCGUACGGGAGGCGUCGCCACGGCGAUGAUAAAUAGGGACACGGUCGACCAACUUUUUCAAACGCAGCCACGGGUAUCGUGCGUCGAGGGAAAAGGGCUUGGGAGCCGCGACGGUGGCUACCGCCGCACACCUGUAACCGUUCCCCGUCUAAGAAUACACGGCCGCGAGAUAGAAGGUUCAUUUUCAUGCAAUUAGUCCCGUCCGGCUGCCGGUCGAUUACGCCGGACGCGCGUUUAGUCGCGCUUAAGGGAAAACUAGUUCGCGGAACGAUCGAUGCGAUGCCCCGCUAUCGAUUCCCAGACACGGUCUUCGUGUCCGUACCCGUAUCCGUGUACGUGUCGUCGCGUUCGAGCCUCGUAUACAGCCGCGUGUUCCCUCGUGCUCCGAUUCUUUCCUGUCGCCCGUGCCCGGCAGUGGCAGCAGAUGUCGCGGCCCCGAGUUCUCGAGCCGUCGAAAAUGCGCGACGGUUCGUUCGAAACGGCAGGCCGCGGUAAUCGCCGCCGGCCAACCCACGCAGCUGUAACACGCAGCAUAUUUUGGCACCGACCAAAGUUUCGGAAUGUAUCUUUGCGUAGUCGGAUUUGUUUGAGCAGCGAACAUUUUUCGGGUGUAGGUGGCUGCACGAGAAGGGAUAGUAAGAGAGAGAGUGACGAGGGGGGCGGGGAGGAGCAUCCUUUUCAGAAGACCCUUAACCCUGCGGGUGACGGUCGAACGGUCGGUCGGUCUGUCAGUCGGUCGGUCGGCCUAACGUCGGACAAAAGGGAUCAGUCGGGAGCCUGGGAGGAUAACAGCGGCGCGAGACGCUCGCCGAGGGGACGAUUCCGCGGCGUCAAGAGACGCGAGGGGCAUGCAGUAGAGAAGUGACGAGGGGGAAGGAGAGGAGAGGAGAGAAGAGGCCUGGCAGCAGGAAGCUCGCGAUGCGUGACUCACCGAACCGACCGAAUGGCAUAGAACCCGCGGGUUCGCGUUCGCGCUCUGUACCCGUCCCUUUCUUUUCCACGCGACGAUCCCUCCAUCUCUCGUUCUCUCUCGCGCUGCCGCGUCCCCGGUUUCUCGACCCAUCCUACCGAUUUCCCCCUUCGCUUCGCUUUCCAUCACCCUCCUUUUCCCUCGAAGCGGUGGCGAGGGAGAAGAAGCCCCCUCGACGCCGUUCCCCCUUUCUCCCUUGCCCUUCCCUCGUUCACGUCGUGGGUCGCACGGCCCCGUGUCUCUCUCGGCUCCGGUUCCUGCCUGCCUAGCCCCUAUAUGCCCGCGGAGCCUUUGUCCUCUGCCAUCGUCUCGCGUUAUUUCACACUCUCUCGCGCGUCCCUCUGUCCUCUCUUCUCCGAUGGACCGCGCGUGAGAAAGAGAGCCCGGCCGCGGUUGCUUAAAAACCGAAAACUUGAGACGCACGCGAUGCGUCCACGGCCAGGCUGAGAAAUUCUCAUUCACAUCCGUCUCCGAGAAAUCGACUUCUGUCCGUCGUUAUUUUAUCGCGUUUAAAUGAUCGAUGCCGGCGGCUGAUCGUCCUUAGAGCCUGGGGCCAGAUUCGCGUAUACACGUUCGUGCGUAUCCACGAUUACGUGCACGCGUGCACCCAGCCGUGCGUACCGCGCGGUGUGCGUGCGUGCGUGCGUGCGAGCGACAAUGGAAGCGGUGAGGGGCGGAGGGGCAGAGUCGCUAACUGCGUCCGAGCGAGGAAUUAGCGAGUCGUGCGGCGAAGGAGACUACCGUAAAGUCGUGGCUCGUUAUGCGUCCGACAGAGCCUACUCCGCCUAUGUCGCAGCCUCUAGCGUACGUGCUACCCGAAACAGCUGCGUUCGCCGACGGAUACAAUGCGUACGUAGUCAGCGGCUAUGCGUCCAGAGAGCAAACGUUAUGCGAUUUGACCAGAAGAACGUGCCCCUACUUACCGCAACCGGAAAAGCCGGAGCGACCGGCAUCGACUCAUCAUGAAAUCACGAAAUAUAAGCUGAACCCUCCUACGGAAUACAAAAGUUAUUUCGCAGCUGAACUGGAAGAGGAGAAGACGAAGAAACUGGAGGAGAAAAUGAUUCGUGCCGAAAAGGAGCAACAGAGAAUGAUCGAAGAUUUGGAACAGCUACCCGUGGACAGCUAUUGGGGAUACAGGAUACAUGCUUGGGUAGCAAUUUUACCGGAGUUAGAAGGGCUGAGGGACCAGGAGAUAACUCGUCCACUUUUCAUCGAAUCCACUACCGGCGUAUCUUACGAUCCCAAGGACUACGACACGGCUCAGCUGUAUCUGGGCGUGGAGAGUAUAUGGAACGAUAAGAAUUACUGGGUAAAUAUGCAGUCGUCCGCGAAAUCGUGCGUAGACAUAGCGUGGGAUUUAACAAAAGUAGAACUAUGGGAGCACUUGCUUCCCGGCGAACCGUGGACAAUGCGCGGUGUAGCAGAGGAGAUCGAUGAUGAGUCCGCCGUGCAACAAGAGAAACACUUGGACAUGCCAUACUCGUACGUAAACGAGAUAAACAUCAGCGAAGAAGAAUAUAGGAAACGAUAUCCAAACGGUAUGAAAAUUAUAUUUUACAAGAAGACGAAAGUUGAAUUGUACGCGCCGUAUCUGCAAACGGACGGACUGAUAGAAAAGAUCACGGUCUACGACGACUACGAUCACAUAACUCCCACGGAAGUUUACGAAUAUUACGUGAACAGAUCUGACCAUCUCAUGGAGACGCGGAAGAACAAGAACGAUGGUUCGAUUAUAGAUUAUUACGGGAGAGGAAGACCGGACCAGUGCAAAGAGCACCGAUAUUUCGUCGGUGGUCCGAAUCAAGUGGAUAGCGAGCGGAUCUUAGAUUUUUAUCACGUCGCUCGUUUCGACGGGCUAUCGAGGCUCGAGUCGCACCCGACGUACUUGACCCAACAGUUCGUUGAUCGUGACGACUUUCUGUAUUACCGGCAUGCGGAAUUCUCGCAAAAGAGGGAAAGAAGCGCGCGGAGGGAUGCUUCUCAACAGGAUAUUCAUUAUCGACACAUUUCGAAAAUUAUCGAGAAAUUUGAUAGGGACGAACGAAUCGUACCGCGUAAGAAUAUUGCCAUACGCGAGUUCGCUAUAAGCGAUAACGAAAUACGUCUUACGUAUCAUUAUCAACCGGGGCAAUUCACGAGAGCUUCGCGGAUGUACGUGAAACCUACAUUAGCGGAGAGAGGUGAACGAUUGACUCUCAAUCCAGAGCUGGUGCAAGGAUACAGCCCAUUAGACGAAUCCUACAGGUCUUUAGACUUGUUGUACGAACUGGAUGCGCAACUGAGGGAAGAAGAUACGUCCAUAUCCCAAGUUCGAGCAGCGGAAAAGGAAUUAUACGCUUUUCUCGACGUAAGGGAAAAAGAGUAUUUGCAUCCACAAUUAUCGGUUUCAAUAUACGAUACGUUGAGGGAUCCGGAAUCAGAAAUGUUGGCGAAUGAAUGGUCGCGGACGGAAAGCCAGAUGGAUACCACGGAGGAUGUAGAUUAUUUGUUACCGUACUUGGCUCGUAUAGGAAAUCCAUCGCAGUUAUCGCGUGAAGACGCGCUCUGGAUACGAAACGAGUGCCUAAACGAUUACAAACACUCAGCUAUACGCAGAGCGAAUAAGAUUUUACGGAAGUUCGAGGUACACUCUCAGGAAUUGGCGAGGACACAAGCGUUAUUAACACAGAGCGAAGAUUUAACUCGCGAGGAAGAAGAACAGAUAUUAGAGAAAAUGAACGAGAUCAACUUUUACUUGCAAACUCUGGAAACCAGAUUGAAUCGGCACCGGGACAUGGUUCCCGUGCGAUACCAGAUGUUGGUAGAGCACUUACACCGAAGUCCGCAUCUCGCAAUUCUUGCAAGUGAUUCACAAUAGGUAAACGAGCCCUUACUGAAA